CGUUUCGCCAGUGCGUCUGCAGAAACAGCGGGAAGAAUUCCCGCCAUCAUACAGCCGGCCCUCGUUUCCUUUCCCCAGCGAAAUUAAACUCCUCCAUGGCUCCCAAGCGCCGCCGCGCGGACCAGCGCGCGCCGCCGCCAGCUCCACCUCCGCCCCUUCGGACUGAACUGUCUCAGCGCCGACCGGUGGUCGUCUUCGCACACGGAGCCGGGGCCCCCUCCUCGUCCGAUUGGAUGACCCACUGGAAGGAGAUGGUGAAAGAUGCUCUGGAUGCCGUCGAAGUUGUGACAUUUGACUAUCCAUAUAUGUCUGGUGGUAAGCGGAGGCCUCCCCCAAAGGCGGACAAGCUUGUUGAUCAUCAUCUCGGUGUGGUGAAGAAUGCUGUAGCAGAGCAUCCGGGACACCCGCUUGUUCUGAUGGGAAAGUCCAUGGGUUCGAGGGUCAGCUGCAUGGUGGCUAGCUCUGAUGAUAUCAAUGUUUCUGCUGUCAUAUGCUUGGGCUAUCCAUUGAAGGGAGCGAAGGGGGCACUGAGGGAUGAGAUAUUGUUAAAGCUGACGACUCCAACAAUGUUUGUGCAGGGCAAUAAAGAUGGCUUAUGCCCCUUGGACAAGCUUGAGUUCACUCGCAAAAAGAUGACCUGCCAGAAUGAACUGCAUGUUGUUGAUGGUGGUGACCACUCUUUCAAGAUCAGCCAAAAACACCAAAAUACUACUGGAGUAAAUCAACAUGAUGUUGAAACAGAAGCUGUUAAAGCAAUUGCACAGUUCAUCCGGAGCUCCAUAGUAUAACAAUUAAGUUAGCUGUUUCGUUACAUUUUUAUUAUAACAUCUAAUGGUUGCUUCUUAACGUCCUGGCUUUUGCAUGACCUAAUGUGUUCAUGUACCUGGUAACAUGUUACAUGUAAAAGUAAAAAAUAUAUUUUUCCCUGUAUAAUAUGCCUGUUAUUAUUUUGUCUUUUA